GUGAAUCGGCCAAAGAGAAGAGAGGGAAGAGCAUAAUAUUUGAGUUCCAAAAGUUAUUAUUUUGGGUGUAGAAAAUUGUUAUAAUAUUUUCUUUAAAAUAUUAUUGAUAUAUUUUCUACUAUUUAAUAUACAAGAUUUAUAUUAUCCCUAAAAUAAUCUUUAUAUUAAAUAUACUAUUAUAAUCUUUACUAGCAUAAAGAUUAUAGUAGACUCCGGAGAUUGUUCGUGUGUCAAAGUUGGAGGCCGGACGCUUGAAUGGCUACGUUUGCUCCUUCAACAUCUUUUGCUCGACUUCUCGUUCAUACCGCUUUACCGGAGAAGGUAUAAGUUUCUAUCUCUAGCUAUAGUUUUAGUACGUGUUCUUGGGCUAGUAAUCACUAUUGGGAGAUUAAAUUUUUGUAUUUCCGCUGCCCUCCCUACCGUGGUUACCUUUCACUGACGAUGUGCUCUGUACGAGAGCAGAUCAUUUAAAGACAAUGAGCAGAUUGAGGCAGACUUUUUUCCAUUUGCCACUCUGGACAGCGAGUUGGCAUCACCUUUCAUUCUCAUUGCUACGAUUUCUUUCACUUUGCCAUUCUGGACAGCGAGUUGGCAGUGCACUUCAUGCUGAUUGCUACUACUUUCCCAUUGUCACUCCGGACAGCAAGUCGGCGAUGCACCUCGUAUCCAUGGGUGCAUAUUCUUUCACCUCGCCUUACGCUGGACGGCGACUUGGCAUUACAUUUCAGACUGAUGGCGUUGCUUGCCUUACUUCACCGUGCUCGGGAUAGCGAGUUGGCGGUGCACUCCAGACAGCCAGGAAGACGGUGUCCUUCCAUGGUGAAUUAUGAUUCUACUUCCACUUCACCUUGAGUUCCUCUCGGCUUGAGAAGUGGGGGACUCAUGAUGGAUACCCUUGACAGGGGGUAUCCGGUCUUUGUAUAAUGUUAGUUGGGACGGUCCAGUCUGUUGGACCGGCCCGUUAGUCGUACGAUAAUUAUUUAUUUAAGGGCGGCCCAAUCUGUUGGACCGGCCCAUUAGUCGCAUAUUUAUUAUUUAGGGCGGCCCAGUUUGUUGGGCCGGCCCAUUUGUUCGGAACCCUAACCCUGGCUCUCG